AUGGAGGUCAGCGGCGGAGCGAGACUCAAGGACGGUUCUGUGGUGCUCCUUCACCGGGCCGGCUGCAGACAGUUCAAUAAACAGCUCGUUCUGGACCCGCUGCCUCUGAUUGGACGAGUUUAUGAGGAAGAUGAUGAGGAAGAGUUCAGUGGAGCAGGUUACAGCAGCGCAUUACGACUGUCACCGGACUCACAGAACGUAAUAUCCUCCUCCAGCUUCAGCCGUGCACGUGGAGCCCAGGGACCGCAGCUUUCGGAUUCAAGUCACAGCGUUAAAGAUUCACAAUGCAGUUUAGAGUAUGUGAUGGGUCCUGCUGCGUCGCCAUGGAUACGCUAA